AUGGGUUGUAUCCCCGGCUGGUUCAGCCGUCGGCGUGACGCCGCGUACGGGAUCGUCUCGACGGGGUCGAGUAUCGGGGGUGUGGUCUUCCCGAUUAUGGUGAGUCGGUUAAUGGGAAGCGUCGGGUAUGCAUGGACUAUGCACAUCGGCGCGUUUGUGAUUCUGGGGUUACUGGGGAUUGCGAAUCUGACAGCGGUGGAUGCGGGGGCGAGUGCUGCCCUGGUGCAGUAUCUUGUUGCGAUACUCAACGCGGGGAGUCUGUUGGGGCGAUUGUCCGCCGGGGUGUGUUCUGAUCUGGUCGGGGCGUAUAAUAUCUUUGUCUGUGUGGUCUUUCUGGGUGGCGUGGUAGUCCUGGGCUUGUGGAUUCCGGCCGCGGGGAAUGUGGCAAUCAUUGUCUUUGCGGUGGUGUUUGGGUUUACGACCGGGGCGUAUGUCAGUCUUGCACCGGCGCUGGUGGUAGGUAUUUCGCCGCUGGAGGAGAUCGGGUAUCGGACGGGGUUGAUGUUUCUGUUCGCGUCUAGUGGUGGACUGACGAUAAGUCCGAUCGGGGGUGCAAUCCUGCAGCGUGAUGGGACUCGUAUACCGGGAUGA